GGGAUUGGACCACUGAAAGAACUAAAACCGAUUUGCAGCUUUUCACAUAACUCAAAGAGGAGAAGAUGAUAUAUAAUCUAUAUUAAUAUCCUUUUGUGUAUAUUUUUACUAUUCCAAUUGUUAUCAAUAAAUUUAACAUGUAUUACAUAAAUGCACACAUUUCUUCCAGUAUAAAAGUCUUAUUUAUUAAAGACUCUGUUUGAAUGACAAAUUAUAGCAAUUUAUCAUGAUUUAGCUGAAAGUAAUUCAAAUCAGAUUUACAUACAGACACAAAUACAUCACAAUCAAAGACGAAUGAUAUGGCUGCCACAGACAUCAACAUUCAAAACAGAAGUUACAAUUGCGGAGUUUGUCUGGCCAAAGAAAUAGUCCAUUUGCUGACCCAUCAGAGAGAUGUUGAUUUUAAAACAAACACUUUAUUGUCUCCUAUUGUUGGCCGUUAUUGGCAUGGACACUUGUACAGCGGUAAGAAUAACACAAAGGACUAUAUCGAAAGGUUUCCUAGUGCAAAGCAUAAUGAAAUUGUUAAAUAAAUUGGAAAAGAGCAACGAUUUAAAUGUCAAUAUACAAUUUACCGCCAUUUUAAGUGAAUUUUUAAUAAAACAAAAGCAACGUUAUUAUGAAUCGAAUCGUUAUGAGCAACAGGUUUAUUACAAAUUUUUACAAAAAUUAAAUCACAUCAUACGCCAAACAGAAGACGCAGAUUUUGAGAAUGUUCAUAAAACAAUUUUAGAUAAUAUAUUCCAGCGUAAUAUUAUGCUUAUACCGCCUGUUCUCAAACAGCGUCAUAUUGAUACACAUUUUGAAUAUAAAUCGCUUAUUAAAGACUAUGGCAAAUUGGUGGGUCUGGGUAAUCCCAAUAUAACUCAAUCCGAUGAAUGUUUGGCUACAAUUGCAGCCUUGAAUUCCAGUUGUCAAAUGCCUAGAGCAUGUAUUGAUCUGAUGAUCAGUGAUUUGCCUACAUAUGGUUAUCAGCGUAUGCAUCAAAUUUUACUUUUGUACGUUUUCAUGCAUCACAUAUGUGCACCAACGUUGGGCUCACAAACGGCUUAUGAAAUUUUGGCAAGUCAGAAAUGUACACAAGUUUAUCGUGAACAAAAUGUUCUACGUCAUCUUAAUAUACCAGAUGUUUACAGAGAUUUAUAUUUGGAGCAAAGGUUGCUAUUAAAGGCAACAGCUGAUAUUAAAGACAUUAUUGUUUUUGUAACUAGUUUUAAGAGUGAGAGAGUGGGUGGUGGUCUUAAAGGUGUACUUGAGGAAUGA